ACAAAAGGAGGCGCACAAGGUCUUCUUCUUCCCUUCUUCUUCCCACAGGCCGAAGUCUCUCGCUCUCUCUUCCUCUCGCCCCCCUCUCCCUCUUCCGUCUCUCCCUCUCGCAAGCUUGUCGCGCUCUCUCUUCCUGAGACGCCUCUAUUCCUCUUCGACCGUCCAGAAUGCACCAGUGCCGGUAAUUCCCUCUUCCUGUCCGUCCGUCUCUCUCUCUCUCUCUUCUCCGCGAUCUUUUUCCCGUUGGACUCCUCAGGCUGACGCCCUCCGUCUCUGGUUUCAGUCGCCGAAGCCGCGCCAAGCCCCACGCCGUCUGUCCCGGGUUCGUGCCGCGACGAUCCCCGACGUUCCGAACACCACACGCUGUAGGCCCUCUCCGUCCUUAUCCCUCUCUCUCACCGUUUACUAGCUCUCUCCCAGUUUAAUUCGCCUGAAAGAAGCUCGAAAUCUUCAGUCAUGGGGAAGUCACGCUCGCUACCGCAAUCAAUGUCUAAAGCGGACCUCAAAUUCGAGAAGAAGCGCCAGUUCUAUGGCAAGGUUAGAGAGACUGUUGCUUCCUUGAGUGCUCAGAAGGCCAUUGGUAAGAAAAAGAAACUUCGAAGCCGGCAGAAGAAAUUAAAAGCAUAUGAUCUCUCUUCUCUCUCUGAGUUCCUUCCUGAGUUGAAGUCCCAGAGGCAACCAACUGAGUUAAAGCUGAAUUGUAAAUCCAGGCAAAAGUUAAUCUUGAAGGAAGGAAAACACUUAAGCAUGGUUCUUAGCCAUCCUGCAUUCCUGUCAGAUCCCCUUGCCGCCAUUCAUCAACACCUACAAAGCACACAACCGAUUGUAGAUGAGAAGCCAGAGAAAAGGAGUAACAAAAAUGGAGGAAAGAAGAGAAAGGGAAAGAAAAUUAAGUCUUUAGAUGGACCCCAAUCGAUGGUCGUGUGAACUAAAAGAUAAGCUUCUGCUGUUCUGCUUCUGUGUUGUUCAUAUUGAAUUCUUCUGCCUUCAACAUUCGAAUGUGCACAUUCUGAAUGUGAGAUGUGCUCACCUUGUUAACAUAUCUACUGGGCUUGUUUCGUAUCUAUUUUCUAUUGAUAUCUUUUGUCUAA